AUGGGCAAGCGUGGCCAGAAGCGUGCUCUGGAUAGCGGGGAGGAGGUUCCUCUUCGCAGUGACGAGCUCCGGCCGCCAGAUGAGCUGCCCGAGCGCGAGGCAGCAGCAGUGCGUGCCGCGCUGGAGCGCUGGAGGGAGCUCAGGCUGCGAGUGGAGGUUCUGAGACCGAUGCUAGAGCAUGAGGACCGCCUUAUGCAGGAUAUCCUAGAUAGAGGUCUCGGGAGCGAGGACCGGAAGACACUGCGGAAGCUUGCCAGUGUUGGUGCCCGCGAUGCAGAAGCAGAAGCUGCGCAGGUUGCAGACUCUGUUGGGCAGGAACGGCAUCGGUUGCAAGAAAUUCUCAUGCAAAAUCAUCGAGAGCUGCUUGAGCUUUCGACGACCACCACGCCAGAUGACAAGAAGGAGCUCAUCUCAGAGAUGGACAGCGUGCUGGAUGAGCUCAAGAAAGCACAGGAUGCGGUGCACGUGGAACUCUUAGCAACCAAGGACAAAGAGGACAUGUCCGCAGUCCGAGCCUACGGCCGCUCAUUGAACGACUUGAAGGCUCUUACCAGACGUCUGGACUGCGAGCGGCGAAGUUUGACAAAAAAUUCGGCUUUGGCGAUGCUACUCGUUACAGUCUGUAGACGAAUACUUCCGGCUCGGAAGAUAGACCCCUCCGAGUUGAUGAACAUACCGGCCUCACAUCAAGGGUAUCUACGAAUACUGGACUUUUACUUCUUCUCGGAUGCAAGCCUUUACUGCUUUGGAGAACAUUUCUCCGGCCCGAAUUGGUUCACUCGCUUGAAGCGAAACGUUGCAAUAUUGUCCGUCUCGGACGGUGACGGAAAAAGUGUCUAUAAUGACUUUGCGGUGAGCGGUGAGUACAAAACUCCAGGCGCGCCGCUGGCUCCUGACAAUGGGCCUCUUCAGUCGAUUGAAGCUGCUGACGAAAAUGGUCGCGUUUUCGAUCGCCGCCAUGAUGCAGAGUUCAAGCUUCUGACUGGUCUCUGCGGAAUGGUGCCAGCGGAGAGGCGCUCGACCUGGCGUGCCCGGGCGACGCUGUGGUCGAAGACGCUUGGCAAGUUCCGAUUACGCGCUACCCGCAGUGGGACUUCUG